AUGCAAAGAUUGGCUUUUCAAGGGAAUGAUGAGUCUAAAAAUUCAUUAAAUCAAGGAAAUUUUCUUGAAUUAUUAAAAGUUCUAGCUUCAUGUAAUGAAGAAAUUAAUAAUGUUAUAUUGAAGAAUGCUCUUGACAAUCUCAGACUCACAUCUCCUGAUAUUCAAAAAGAUAUCAUUAAUGCAGUUGCAACUGAGACAACAAAGGCUAUCAUUACAGACUUGGGAGAUGAUUUAUUUUCUAUUUUAGUUGAUGAAUGUCGAGAUAUAUCAGUUAAAGAGCAAAUGAGAGUUGCCAUAAGAUAUGUCAAUGGAUCUGGAUGUGUCAUUGAAAGAUUUAUUGGUCUUGUGUAUGUCCAUAAUACAAGUGCAGCAUCUCUUAAAAAAGGUAUUGAGUCUUUGCUUUCUACUUAUGGCUUGAGUAUAUUUAGUUUGAGAGGUCAAGGUUGUGAUGGAGCUAGUAAUAUGCGAAGUGAAUUUAAUAGCCUUAAAAGUUUGAUUUUGAAGAAUAAUUCUAGUGCUUAUUAUAUCUAUUGUUUUGCUCAUCAACUCCAACUCACACUUGUUGCUGUUGCUAAAAAGCAUUCAAGUAUUGGUUCUUUUUUCAAUACUGUUACUCGUUUGGUUCAUAUUAUUGGAGGUUCUUAUAAAUGCAGGGAUAUGCUUCGAGAAAAGCAACUAGAGAAAGUGUUUAAAGGAAUUGCAAAAGUUGCUCUAAUUGAACUUGAAUCUCAACUUCAGAACUUUGUCUUUGAUAUGUGUAUGGAUGAGAAAUUUUCUAAAGUUAGUGGAAUUGAAGUUGCUACAGCCACAGUGGAAAGAGCUUUUUCUGCAAUGAAUAUCAUUAAAAGUUCACUUCGUAAUAGAAUGGGAGACGAGCUACUAAAUGAUUGUUUGGUGGCUUACAUUGAAAGGGAUCUAUUUGCAAUUAAAGCGGAAUAUUGUUUUGAGGUAACUGAUACACCACUAGAGAAUAGGGUUAAAGUGGCUGCACUAUACUUAAAGGAGAAGGUAGUUCAGUGGCAUCAAGGGUAUGUAAGGAUCAAGGGUGCAGGGCUUGCGUGGAUUGGGAAGGUUGUGUGCAGGGGUUUAGAGCAAAAUUUGGAUCACAUAUCUUUGAUGAUCCAUUGGCUUACUUGA